AUGGUGCGAAGGAGGCGAUGCACUUUGGUCGUUGGGCUGACAGCCGUCGCGUUGCUGCUGCUUCUCGUCGCGGUGCCCGAGAUCAUCGGGAGUAGCGUGGAUGAGGGCGGUGGUGGCGCCUUGCCGCCUCACGACCCAGCUGUGCCCCUCUUCCCGUUUGAUGCCGUGCGUGACACACUGGUGCUGAACCCGGGCGAGAUGCAGAGCGUCCGCCGCAUCCACGAGCGAGAAGUCACGUUUGUCGACGGCAGCGAGAGCUCGUCUCGGUUCGCGUGUCCCAAUCGGUACAUAUUCGUCAACACGCACACAUACGGCCGGCACCACAACCAGCUGCAGGAGAUGAUGAACAUCAUCGUGUGGGCGCAGCGGUUGAACCGCACCGCCGUGCUGGGGUGGUUUCGAACGCACAGCAGGUGGAUCCACCACGCGGAGCUGUACGACUUCUCGCACGUCAUGCGCCGCUACUGCGUGGUCACCGCGGAAGCGAUGCAACAGCGGCUGUCCCGCACGGGACGACUGGGUGCAGCGACGCUCGCGUGCUACGGCCAGUGCGCGGGUGACACGCCGCUGCGCUCGUUUGCGAGGCGGCUGCGUGCGUCCCCUGCUGUGGUGCGCGUGCCGGCGUACUUUCCGUGGACGCAGCACGAGGCGGUGAUGCGACGCGUCGCUCCGCUGCUGCAGGCGUCUCGGGCUGANGUCGUGGUGAUUGGCGGCGCGUACGGCCUGUUCCUGCGCCGUGGGCUUGUGGAGCUCGCAGCCCUCUACAGUUUACUGCGCCCCUCGCCGCUUGUGGGCGGGAAAGUCGCGGCGUUCCUCGACCACAGCUUCGCCCCACGCGAUCGCUUCUUCGGCGUGCACCAGCGGCACCGCGAGACGAUGUGCGUGGAGGAGAUGGACGUGAUGCUGCGGGAGCUGCAGCAGCAGCGGCACAACGUGGGGGAGGGGCGGGGGCGGUUGAUGCGCUCACAGUGCAACAUCAGCGUCGCGUACCUCGCGGCUCUGCACACGUCGCUGGGACUCGAGUUGUUUUCGUUCCCGCUUUUCGUGGCGCACGACGGACAGGAUGCGGUCACAGUGCGACUGCUGACGUCACGCGGGGCACGCGUCUACGACAAAGCGCACUAUGGCGGCUUCGAGGACUGCGUGUAUGGUUUGUGCGCCCUUGCUGUGGACUUCUUUGUGCUGCAGAAAGGGAUAUACUUCACUGGGAAUGCGCUUUCGUCGGUGUCGCAGAACACGUGCUUUGCUCGCCUCGGCAGUGGACUGGCGUGCCACGGUAUGGAGCCUGCGCUGCUACGCCUCGUGUCACGCGACGUGCUUGGGGGUGAUGGGCAGAGAGCGUCCCCCAUUGCCUAUGCGUUGUGA